AUGGAAAGCAGGAUUUAUAAAAAACCUCUUCAAAAGCGUUAUCUUCCAUGUAUUUUCUUCAUCCUUUGUGUGUUAUUAGCUUUUGCUAUAUCUGGCAUUCUGCUUGGACAGAACAAAUAUUUUACAGAAGCCAAUCUAGACUCAGCUAAUUAUGGUGAUGAAUUCAUAGUUAACACAUUACUUUCAGACUACUCAACAACUUGGUGUGGUUCUUAUACCAUUGAUCCCUGGGAAUAUGCCAAUGUGACCUUACUUUCACGAAAGCCCCUGAUCGACCCAGUCAACUUUCGUUUUACAACCAUUAAGAUUUCUAACAGUAUGAUGUCAGAGAAUAUCUAUGACGAACGUGGUGCAUAUCUUUUAAGAGGAUCUAAACUUAGCUUAGCCAUCUGUAGGGAAGUGGCAUCGGGUGUUGAAGCACAGGUGUCUGUUAUCAGAGGAGAAGAGUCAUGGAAAAGGUGGAUCAGCAAUCGAUAUAAUUGUGGCGAUUGUACGUUGGUGACAAAACGAAUACCCCUAAACCUAACAUGUGGACAAUCUGGUAGUGGACAAGAGCAGAUACUGGACUUCAUAGCACCAGAUGAUGCAUUUUAUAAAAUAGUUAUUUCCAGAAAAUUUCAAAACGAUGAAUCUAAAUCAGUCUUCCUCACGUAUGAUUUGACUAUUGCUAGAAGAUUUUACAUUUUCAACGGAAAUGCAAAACCUAUAUGUAGCCAUGUCAGAGAUGCCUGCACAGUAAACUUAAAACAUGAUUCUAAACAACUGAUUCUCAUAUCUUUUGAGGAGUCAGACCAGCUGGGGGGAGAUUUAUUUUAUCAACAUACUUGUCAAGCUUACAUUCUCCUAUGGGUUGCAGUGUUUGGUUUAGCACCUCUUUCUUUAAUUAUAUCUGCAAUUAUUUUCAUGAUUCUUAUAUAUAGAAGAGCUCAUUACUGUGACCAGAAAGCACCAAUACUGCUAAAUGUUAACUCUGAAAAGACAAAAUGUGUUGCUGUCAUCAAAGAAAGUUGUAUGAAGUUGGUGUCCUUGAUCAUUAUUUGA